UCAAAGGGCCGGACCCAGCCUCCUCCCCCGCUCCUUUCCUUCCCUUCCCCUCCCGGCGCGGUGCGAGCUCCGCCGCUGCCGGCCCGGUCCCGCCCGGCCGCCGCCCCGAGGGGACGCGCGGGGCGCCCCGAGCGCUCCCAGCCCGCCGCCCGCCUCCCGCCUCGGGAACGCGGCACGCAUGGAGGUGCCGGGCGGCCGCCGCUUCGUGUCCCUGCUGCUCCUGGCUUCGUGCCUGGGCUGCGCCGCGGUGCCGCGGAGGAGCGUCGCCCGCCGGCAAGAUAGGCUGGGGCCUCCUCUUGAUAUACUGCUGGAUUCACUGAACUGCACAGCAUUCAGCGUGCAAUGGAGGAUGCCAAAGCAGCAUGCAAGCACCAUCACAGGAUAUACGGUCUUUUACUCAGAAGUUGAAAAUGACAAAACAGUUAAACAGCUCUCACAUGAUGUUCCCUUGAGUUUGGAUAUGCUUAGCAUGGGUCAACUUGAAGGACAAGCAAUUUUUGAAAUUGUUAUCGGUGAUCUGAAGCCAGGCACUCUACACCGUGUUAGCGUUGGCGCGUAUGGCUGGGCAGGGAAAGGACGACCCAGCAUGCCCAGAAACGUGACAACCUUAUCCCAAGAUAAGUGCAUACCCCCUGCACCACCCUAUCAGCCCCAGAUCGUGGUAGUUUCUGAUUCAGAAGUUGCGUUAUCCUGGAAGCCUGGAGUGAGUGAAGGAAGUUCACCCAUCCAAUACUACAUGGUGGAGUUUAUCAGGCCAGACCUUGACAGCAAUUGGACAGUCAUAAGAGAGAAGAUCCAAAUGGAAUCCAUGGUUCUCAAGGGACUUCUCCCAAAUACCAAGUAUCAGUUUGCCGUCAGAGCAGCAAACUCCUAUGGAUCCAGCCCUGCCAGUGCACCAAGUGACAUCAUCCGAACAUUCAGGCCUGAGGAGUUAGGAAGUGGAAGCUAUGGGCAUCGUUAUAUCACAGACACAGUGACUGGUGAUGAUGAUGGAUUUGAUAUUGAUGACUCAGACUACGACAUUUACAUAGAAGAGCUUAGACCACUUCCUGCUAUCAAAGGAGGCAACAGAAAAUUUCUGGUUGAAACUAAGAUCACACCAGGUUCUAGUUCCAGGCUCCUGUCACGGGUCCUUACAACCACUUCUGAACCUACUAUUUCGACUCCCGCCACCACACUGCCUUCAACCACAGCCAGGAUGACUAUAGCUCAGGCAGCGAGGAGGGGUGGCAUGUCUUCUACAACACGCCUCUUUGAUCUCUCCUGUGAUGAGGCCAUCUGUUCUGCAGACAGCUUUUGUGUCAAUGACUAUGACCGAGGAGGCUCGCGCUGCCACUGCAACUUGGGAAAAGGAGGAGAGACGUGUGCGGAAGAUAUUAUUAUCCAGUAUCCUCAGUUCUCUGGCUACUCAUACAUUACCUUUGAACCACUGAAAAAUUCCUAUCAGACAUUUCAAAUCACCCUUGAAUUCAGGGCUGAAUCAGAAGAUGGUUUGCUGCUAUACUGUGGAGAAAAUGAACAUGGUCGUGGUGAUUUUAUGUCACUAGCAAUCAUCCGACGUAGCAUCCAGUUCAGGUUCAACUGUGGCACGGGAGUUGGAGUCAUAACAAGUGAAAACAAAAUCAAGCUGGGGAACUGGCACAGUGUCACGUUAUUCAGAGAUGGGAUGAAUGGCUGGCUCAGGAUGGACAGUGAUGCUCCAGUGACAGGAAAAUCUCAGGGCCAAUAUAGUAAAAUUACAUUCCGGACUCCCUUCUACGUUGGCGGUGCCCCCAGCGUGUACUGGCUGGUCAGAGCCACAGGCACCAACCGUGGGUUUAAGGGCUGCGUUCAAUCCCUCAGUAUUAAUGGAAGGAUAAUUGAUAUGAGACCUUGGCCAUUAGGGAAAGCUCUCAGUGGUGCUGAUGUCGGUGAGUGUAGCAGUGGCAUCUGUGAUGAGGCUGCCUGCAUCAACAGCGGUACCUGUACUGCGAGCAAAGCAGAUUCAUACAUUUGCCUUUGCCCUCUUGGAUUUAAAGGUCAUCACUGCGAAGAAGCACUCACCUUGGCCAUACCUCAGUUCAACGAGUCCUUACAUUCAUUUGCUAGUACACCCUGGCCCUUGGAACCGCAGAAUUAUCUUUCCUUCAUGGAGUUUGAGAUGACAUUUCGUCCAGAUUUAGAGACUGGUGUCCUUUUGUACAGCUAUGACACAGAGAGCAAGGACUUCCUCUCUAUUAACAUGCUGGCUGGUUACGUGGAAUUCAGGUUCGACUGCGGCUCAGGAACAGCUGUUAUCAGGAGUGAAGAACCUGUCAGUCUGGGUCAAUGGCAUGAGUUACGAGUGUCUCGCACAGCGAAGAAUGGUAUCCUACAAGUGGACAAACAAAAGCCAGUGGAAGGGAUGGCAGAGGGGGCUUUCACACAGAUUAAGUGCAGCUCUGACAUAUUUAUUGGUGGAGUCCCUAAUUAUGAUGAUGUGAAGAAGAACUCUGGGAUCCUCAGACCUUUCAGUGGGAGCAUCCAGAAGAUUAUCUUGAAUGACCGGACAAUCGAUGUGAAACAGGAUUUCACUUUUGGAGUCAACCUGAUGAAUGCUGCGCAUCCCUGCGUCAGCUCACCAUGUGCAAAUGGAGGCACCUGUGUUCCCAAGAAGGAUAGCUAUGAAUGUGACUGUCCCCUGGGCUUCGAUGGGCAACAUUGCCAAAAAGAGUGUGGAAGUUACUGCCUGAACACCAUUACAGAAGCAAUUGAAAUCCCACAAUUUAUUGGUCGCAGUUACCUCACAUAUGAUAAUCCAGAUAUCCUGAAAAGGGUGUCGGGAUCAAGAACAAACGUGUUCAUGAGGUUCAAAACCACAAUGAAGGAAGGUCUUUUGAUGUGGAGGGGAGACAGCCCCAUGCGACCUAACAGUGAUUUCAUUUCUCUAGGCCUUCAAGAAGGAGCACUAAUAUUCAGCUACAAUUUGGGCAGCGGCAUUGCUUCCAUCACAGUGAAUGGCUCUUUCAGCGACGGACGGUGGCAUAGAGUCAAGGCUGUUCGGGAUGGACAGUCUGGCAAAGUAACUGUGGACGAUUAUGGUGCCAGGACCGGUAAAUCCCCUGGAAAGAUGAGGCAGUUAAACAUCAAUGGAGAUCUCUAUGUAGGUGGCAUGAAGGAAAUAGCCCUGCACACAAACAGGCAGUACAUGCGUGGCCUGGUGGGCUGCAUCUCUCACCUCACACUUUCAACUGAUUACCACAUCUCGCUGGUUGAGGAUGCAGCUGAUGGGAAGAACAUCAACACGUGUGGGACCAAGUGACAGGAGAGGAAUCCCGGUGCCGAAGACCUAUCUUGUGCUUGUGUGUGUGGCUGAGCGCAACCUGGCUUCCACAGCCCUCUGUCGCAAGCCCACGUUUGCCAUCUGGGAAGGUGAUAGAGCCAAAGGGGAACCUGAAGAAAAGAGAACAUUUUUCCCUCUCCUUUCCUGUGCUGACCAAACCAAACUGAGUAUCUUGUGUAGGAACCGUCCCCUCUACCUAUUAAGUGUUUAGUGAACUUUAAAGGUUGUGCAUCAGUGCAAACAGCAAAGAAAUGUGUGAUGUUACAAGUAGCUCAAAGAUUGUGUUGUGGUCCUUAGGUUAUCUUUUGUAAUAUCAGAGAAAGCAGUUUUGAAACACUGGCAUUCAUCCCACCCUGCAGUGGUACAAUGACUGUGCUAUUCAACAAAUACAUCAUCAGACAGUGUAUCUAUGCAUUGAAGUGUAAGUCCUGGAACAAGCAGCUCCUACCACUCUCUGAUUUAGCUAAAUUAUGUUUUAUCCUGUGUAAAUAACAGAUACAAUGACUGGUUUCAAAAUAUUGUUGUUUGUUGAGGAGGAAAGUUCUUAAAUUCUAAUUUUUUAUUACAAGCAACAAAUUCAAUGAACCAUUUUUGUAGAAGUAAUUUUAUACUUGUAUAUUUUUUAUAGCAGCAGCAGACCUGCUUACAUGGUAUAACUUUUAACAUUUAUGUGUACUAUACAGUUAGCUCUUUGCACACUUCCCUAAAAUAGCAAAGUGACCUGUGUUCUACAUGUAUUAUACGGGAGGCUCAACUUCUGUGUUAUACAGUUUUGAUGGGGAUAUUUGUGAGUUAUGACUAGUUUUAAAUCUGACCGUUUUUGUUUUGUAAAUUUUGACAGUUUAAAAUUGUACAUUAUGCAGCUUUCCUGGCUUAAACAGAAUAAAAGUUUAGGAAUAAAAAAAAAAAAAAAAAAAGGCGUAAAUGCUCGCUACUGUGGUAUUAUAAAUCACUAUUUUAUUUUGCUGAAAAAUAAGAAAAGAGAUGUGAGAGAAACAUUGGUAGGUCACGGUCCUCUUAAAAUAAAAUGUUUUCUAGGCACUGGACCAACACUUAAGCAACCUUGAUUGCCAAACUGUAAUUUAAGCAGGCGAACAGGGUGCAGUCGAGACAGUAAGGAAGUGGUCCAGAAUGUCAAAGUUAGGAAAUUUUUCUUCUUUAGCUGUUUGAUUGAAGAGGAUCAGUGAGCUAUCAGAGACGACAAGAGAGACCCACCAUGCAGUGCUGUGCCCCGUGGCUCACCGCGUGCUGGCAGCGGGAAAGGAACAAACCCACACAGGAAUGCAGGCAUGUCUAAAUGCCGAUAAGCUAAAAGGACCCGAUGUGGCAAAAUUAAUGGAGAUCGGGAAGUUUCUGCUGCCUUUUUACUGUCCCCAGGGUGCUCCUGGCUCUGUGGGAGUUAAAAGGUGUUCCUGAGGCUCAUUUCACCCGCAGCUGCAGGCUUGAAUGGAACAAAUAAUAGCUGGUACAAGGUAACGGUGUAUGCAAAAUAACUGCCAAGGAGGCUCUACCCCAUCUUCUGCGUGCAGAAGGGGGUACCUUGAUCACUUAGGUGAAACAUCUUGUGAUCAUUGUAGACAUGGCAACAGGGGUCAAAAACAGACACCGAGACUAGUUAGAAAUAGAAAGGAACAGAAAAAUACACAGUGGUGUCGGCAUGUAACAUGUGAACCUGUGCACUCUGUUCAUAUCACGCUGCAGAAAAACUGUCUGUAGAAGAUAUGGGCAUCUUGCAGAGGAACUGGAGAGAUGCAUGGCCUGUCUUCCAAGAGAAGUGCAGGUUUAUUUGGCGUGGGGACCCCCAUGUGGGGAACGAAAACCUGUGCUCAGGAAAAAAAGCAGGAUAAAGUUUAUGAUCAAAAUGCACCUUUAAAAUGAAAAUAAUUGGAAUUUGAUGCCAUGGCAUGUAAAGGGGAAAUGUGCAGAUCUUGAAAAGGGGUAAAAACUAAAACCUCUGGAGGCUGAAGAUCUUGCUGGUUGCUUGCUGCAGCAGCCCCACUUGGCUCCUGGAGAGGAAAAAGUCAUGUUUUAUGUGCUUGUGAGGGAGAUUCCCAGACGGUAGUGACCCGUCCUGACCAAGCACAGGGUAGGGAGACCUGGCCUGCUGUGUGCUGAGUCCUGGGGUCCUGCUCUGCCACCAGUGAUGGGGGACAACACUGGUACAGAAAUAGCAUCACCCUCUGCUCUGUCACAUGUGCAGUGCUGUUCCCAUUUUUUCUUUGCUGUCACAGAGUCUGGAGAGUGGCUCCAAGACAAACAUCUGCCGGGAGAAGUCUCUGUUUGAGGAAAAUUUGCUGCAGAAUAACAGGUGUUUUGGUACAGGGUGAUACUUCUUCAGAACAAAAGCUGCUCUUUGAAAUGCAGGGUAGGGGGGGAGCGGGUAG